UUGCUGCCAGCAAAAACGAAAAGCAAAAGAAGACUCGGAAGAGGAGACGGCAGCAGCAAAGGGGGCUCUGCGGGCCGCGGCUGCAAGGGGCAGAAGGCGCGCAGCGGCAGCAGCAAAAAGAUCGGGUUCGAGGGAGGGCAAAUGCCGCUGUACCGGCAGCUGCCGAAGUUCGUGGGGCGGCAGCUGGGCCCCGGACAUCAGCAGCAAUACAGGCAGCUGCAGCAGCAGCUGCUGCCGCUGCAUAAGUUGAAUUGCUGCAGUGAAGGAGAAACUGUUGACUGGCAGCAGCUGCUGCUCAAGGGGGUUUUCCUUGGGAAAUAUAGAAGGGAUUGUCCUGUGAAAGUUGUGGGCCCCCCCUUGAGCCGCAAACGGCUCGGGCCAGAUGGAGAUGGGACCUUAAAGGUCAGAAACCUGACAGUCAAAGCGCAUGCAUUCACCCGUCCUGCAGCACGGGCCAUAAUUCGAAUGGGCGGCCGCUGUCUUCUGCUGCAGCCGAAGACCCACGACAGAGUGGUGGCUGUGUUUGACCCUGACAGCCCUGCGCCGCGUGUGUCUGCUGCUGCUGCUGCUGCUGCUGCUGAGGCUGCUGCUGCUGCUGCUGGCCCUGCUGCGGAGGGCGCAGCAGCAGCAGCAGAAGAGGGCGAGGCCCAGGUGUACAAACUGCAGCUUGCUGCUGGCAUGUCGCUGCAGCAGAUUUUGAUGCUGCGGCGGCGCGCGCUGUAUCUGCAGCUGCAGCGGCUGCAGCAGCGGCUGCAGCAGUGCAGCAGCAAGUUGCUGCUGAGCCCCCAGAAGGGAAAAUACCAAAGACGCAAAGACAACUUAGCAGCAAGAGUUGAGAAGCUGCAGCAGGACCUCAAGCAGGUUGAGGCGGACUUGCAAGCCGCAGUGGACACCAAGCUCGUGCCCUCCGGCGAGCAGCAGCAGCAGCAAGAGCAGCAGCAGCAGCAGCAGCAGCAGUGGGAAGAUGGGGGGCCCCCGCUACCGACGCUGCGGAAAAUCCCUCGCCGUAUUGUGCAUGAUGGGCGUUUGCCUAAGAAGCAAAGAGACUUCAUCAGGUCAGCAGCUGCAGCAGCAGCAGCCGCAGCAGCUGCAGCAGCAGCUGCACAAGCAGCAGCAGUUGCAGCAGCAGCAGCACUAACUGCAGCAAAUGGGGGGUACAGGCAUAGGGAGUUGGGGUGUAUAGACAGGCGUGCCUUGUGA